CCGCCGAAGGUGCCGGACCCGGGUCUCGGGCGCUUCACACACUGUACGUUGUGGCGUCGCGCGGUGCAGAACGGAUCAGCAAUCAUCAGUGUGUGGGGAGGAGCUGUCGCUAGACACACGCACAUACACGAUCGUCGCCAGAUCCAGGUGCCAGGUGCGAAAUCCCACGACCGGUUUUUUUCUGUUUUACGCGCAUCAAAGGUGUCCGCCAGCCCAAACAGAAACCCAGCGUCUCCCGUCAAUCAAACUCCUCAUCUCCGUAGCAGUCGCGCGGCGCACGUGUCUUCGUGUUCAACCACCUCGCUGGGUUUGACCAGAGCCUUGACCAGCCCGGGCCCGGCAAUGAACGAGUGGAACGAACUGCUCAAGGCGGAACUGCUGCCCCCGUCCGGCAGCUUCCGGGCGGAUGGGGAUGCACCCGGCAGCAUCAAGUGUGCCGGCCUGUUCCAGGGCAGCGCAGCAGCGCCGGGCGACUGCGGGCUCUAUCACCGGCACCCGCAAAAGGGCAUCGCCAACCCGCCCGUCCUGGAGGAUGCGACCGAGAAGCACGGUUCCUCGUCCGCUCUAGCACCGACCAGCUGGCGCGAGAAGGUGGUCGCGUACGACGAAGCGCCGGAACAUCUCCGGUUCAAUCCGUUCAUACGCACCGGCUACCGGACGUACCUGUCCGCGCGCCUCUGCCUCGAGAGCAUGUUCUGGUGGACGAACGAGACGGUCAACAUCUGGAGCCACAUACUCGGCCUGUGCGUGUUUCUCAUCCUUGCCUACUACGAUACCGCAAUGCUGCAGAUACAGGCCAGCACGACCGACAAGGUGAUCGUGGGCAUGCUGCUGCUCAGCUUUCAGCUCUGCAUGAUCUUCUCCUCGAUCUACCACACGUUCUCGUGCCACUCGGCCGACAGCUACGAUCGGUUGCUCGCGUUCGACCUGUUCGGCAUCGCCCUGUCGCUGCUGGCGAUCUUCAUGAGCGGCAUCUACUACGCCUUCUGGUGCAAUCAGCCCCUGCGCGACUUUUACAUGAUCACGAUCGGGGUCAUCUUUACCGCGGCCAUGGCCCUGCAGAUACCGCAGCUGAACGUCCACUCGAACGUGAAAAUGCUGGCGUUCGUCGCCUGGGCCGCGUACGGUGUCGUACCGACGCUCCACUGGUACUUCGUGAUGGGCGGCACCGAGAGCACGAUGGUGAAGAUCUUCAUACCGCGCGUGGCCGUGAUGUACGCGCUGUCCGGGUUUGCCUUUCUGAUCUACGUGGCCAAAAUUCCCGAACGCUGGUGCAUCGGUUGGUUCGACUGCAUUGGCCACUCGCACAAUCUGUGGCAUUUAAUCGUGCUGGCGGCACUGUGCUACUGGCACAACAGCGGUCUUGAUUUUGCUAACUUCCUCAUCGAGAACGGUUGCGUUAAAGAUAGGGCGAAAUGUUACGCGCUGACCGUUGCCGGUGACCACUGAACCCGGGGGCGUUUGGCCAGCAGCACAAACACCCACGCCCAUUGGUGCGUUGAAUCGGACGGAUUCAGUGCGUCGGUGUACACAAGGGCGCGCACUACCGCUACCGAUGAGCGGAACGGUGUCCAUCCUGUCGGAUCCUUAUUUUACACCACUAAAAAAAAAAACAAACCGAACCAACCAACACCCCCUUUACCUAGAAAUAUCCCUAAAACCCCCGCCCCAUUCCAAACAGUCAAAAUUGAUCUCCAAAUUUCGGCGUGAGAAGUUUUACGAUUGCCCAUUGGCACGGUCGUCCGGAUUGGUUUUGCUAGUAGACUUGUUUUCCGCUGUUCCCAGUAGCUUGACGUUUGAUUCUGAAAUUAGUGUAGUGGAAGACGAUUUCCACUUUAAACCUUAGCUAAUCGAAUGCUAUGAUCGACUGUGGUUGGGUUUGGUCGCAAAGAUUUUAAUGUGUUUUUGGUUAAAUAUGUUUAAAUUUUAUGAAAAAGAUAAUUAAAUUAUUCUUGUUAGUGUAUACCACAUAAUGUGCGUUUACAUAAAGUGGUUAGGGUUAUCGAGCUCUUAAUGUCUUAAUUAUGACUUCCGAGGGUUUUUUCUUUUCCAAGAUAUUGCCAAGACUACGGUUUCCAGGCUAAGAUAUUACGUUACCGAGAAAUAUCUGUUCUCGCUUUGAAACUUUUAUCCGACAAGUGACGUUGAGUAACUCCCUGUAUGAACUUCAGCAUGCUCUCUAACUUGCCUUGUUUGCCGCUCCAAAUAAAGCUUUUCUUUUUGCUCCAUAAUAUAUUGUUUGUCAUGCCGUGCUGUGCCGUUUUUUUUAAUUAAAUAGAUCUACUCACACUGUGACAGUGAAGGAUGCCAUCAGCUCAUUUUAAUGCGAAUUCAUUCAGGCACGCAAAAGCUCUCGUUACGCGACAUUCAUCUUCCUUUAGCUAAAAAACGCGUUAACACCUAAACCCACUGCAUCAGCCAAUCACUCGUGUACAUUACUCACACCAGAAUGCGUGAGCUGACCAUCAUUUUACCCCGGUGAAAUUUACUAACCUUACAAAAAAAAAAAAAACUCGCGUAUAUGUAUAGCGCCAUCUAACGAGAAAUUUUAACGGAACAGCGGAUUUCGGGGGAUUUUGAUGUGGAUGAAGAGCUUUGCAAAACACGUAUCUUAACCCACAGCUCCAUCUUUAUUAUCCCUUCCUCUGUCAUCCGUCCUCCUCUUACUCUUCUCCCCCCCCCCUUCCUGGAGCUCUUAACACCAAACACCAACUCCCCCCCGUACGCUCAACACUUCCUUUAAGUAUUUUGUUAAAUAAAUCGUUUACGACUACAACACCGUCCAUUUUUUCUUCUUCUUCUUCUGUUGUUUCCUUUACCAUUUCAUUCCGCCGCUCUCGAACACCUCCGGUUUCUUUCACCAACAAACAUAAAAAAAAAAAUGAAACCCACAAACACUCUCGCCCACACACUCACACACCGAUUCCUCUUCCUCCUGUCCAACCUGCCCGACCUGCAAUGUGCACCCGACCCGUGAUCACCGGCAACCGGCAACCGACCCCACCAUAUCCUGUUUCCCGCGCCCCAGGCAUGAAGUACGUCGAGUUCCGGAUGACACACGGAUGCUCGGCCGGCGUCCAGUACGCGUAGUUCGCCGGUUCGCCCGGGGUUGCCCCCUCCCCGAAACCCAACAAUGCGCCUUGAUGCGUUUCGCGGACCGCGAGAGCGUAUCGAAGGUGCACAGAUUAGUCGGAAAAUGGUGCUGUUUUUAGUGGAACAAAAUGGAAAUGUUUAGAUGUUCAGGUCAUUUUUUUUGUGUGUGUGUGCCAGACAGUGCGGCGGGUAGUGGUAGACCCUGGCGGAGGCUACCCGAACUAGGCUGCUCUAGAGGAUGCUCUAGCGAGUGCUCAGGUUCUAGUGCACCGGUCCAGCAAACGCGCCGGGGUGCUACCAUUUUUCCGCGCACUAUCGGGUCACUCCAUCAUAACACUUGACAAGGUCUGCCGGUAGCUCCAGCGACUCCAGUCUGCUUACCUUCGGAGUGACUUCUCGGCGGGGCUUCGAUGGUGGCACUGGAAACCAGUUCUACAUACCCGAAGUACCGCUGGCAGGAUAAAAGAGAGCGUUAUGACGGCUUUCAUCCAAAGGUUUAACACGCGACAUGGAAACGCAUCUCCGGCUGGAUGUUAUUAUUAGUAAGCGCCUUUCUCUUAUUGCGAUUCAGCUGUGGAAAUACGUUUUUGUUUGUUUUAUGCAUAGGUCUAGGUCUGUAAAUUCUGCGUUUGAUCGAAAAGCAUCCAAUAAGAAGGGUCAAGAAGGGUUCGUCAACAAACGCACACGAGAAGAGACUGAGAAGAGGACAAUAAAAUGAGAAGAGAGAAAGAGAGAGAGAGAGAGAGAGAGAAAGAGAGAGUUGUAGAGGGAAGGGCUGCUUGCCUUUCUACGAAAGGCCGUUUCCUUAGAACGUCAAAAUCGUAACUGUCAUGUCAGGAACCGACCAACGUAGGCAUAGAUGAUGGAUGUACAAAGAAUAACAAAAGCAAGGUAAAAAGAACGCUAAAGCUCGUGAUAUAAACGCAGUAAUAUACGUAAACCAAACUUACGAAUCUAGCGCCCUGAGAAUGAGACAGAGAGUGGCAAAAUCUUUUCCACGAAACGGGGUUACGUAGCAGGGUAGAGUUAGCUGUAAAUUGUACUAUCGUAGUAGGUUAGCAUUUAAGAUUCUCUAGAAGCACAAGAGGAGAAGCCGCUUUCGCUUCGGGACUUACCAGACGCGCACACGGACGCCAAAGUCAGUCAGACUUUUCAGGUUUGCUCAAUUAUCUUAGUGACGAUGCUCAAGAUGGGGCGCGGUAGCGAGUGGUUGACUUGGGCAAGCUGUCAUUGGUACAUGAGGCUCUAAGAAGACUUUAGAUUGGAAAUAGGAAUGGUACACGUUGACAGAUUGAGCCCAUCUUUUAACUCCACAUGUACGCAAAGCUGCGAAAGAAAGCUAAGAGUAAUAAUAAGUUGUAAAAAUGUUGAUUUGAAA